GUCUCGAAUCGCAGGUACGGAAUCCGCUCGCUCGUUUCGUCCCGCUCGGCUUCAUUGGGCUUCAUAUCUCGCGCCGCGCGCGUACAUGCAAAACUUGAGCCACGUUGUACCGGCACGUUAUCGGCCGAAGCGUGCUCACUCGCUCAUUGCUCGGUGCUCCUUCGCUCUCUCCGUCACCGUAAGCCGAAAGAGAGGGAGAGAGAGAGAGAGAGAACGUGCGAAUGCACCGCUGUGCCGUGAACGUGCUGCUCGACGUGAGCAAGAACCAAGAACCUCUCUCGGCCGCGUUAUUCUUUAAGACAUAACUCGCAAAGCGGAGCGCGUUCACGCUCACCCUCGUGUAUAUGGCUUCAGUUGAGGAGCUGGAUCAUCAGGUCGACAGCGGCAUGGGCAGCAGCGACGCGCGCUCUCCCGAGGUGAAGUCGCUCCUCCCCGACGACGAGGACGAUGACGAGGAGGAUGAAAGCUUAACAGAGAGGUUACUAGGGCUUACUGAAAUGUUUCCUGAGCCGGUACGCAACUUUGGAUACAACUUUGGAACCUGCCUAUGCACAUGUAUCCAAGGUCUCUAUGCAUAUUCGUGUUCAGCAACAUGGUUGGUCUUCAGUUCGUCCACAAUUCUCUUUGCGCCGAUUAUCUUUGAGAUGGAGCGCGCGCAGAUGGAAGACCUGCAGCGUACUCAACAGAAGCAAGUCCUCUUAGGCCCUAACACAGCUCUGUCCGGCGUCAACACCUCGGGUCUUCCAAUGGCACCCCCCGUUCAGCGAUAGGCCAUUACAAAUUUACACGUGCACGCGUACAAGGACACAUACAGAAAUGCCCAGUUAACAAACAAAUAAAAAAAACAGAAAAAGUCACUCGAAUUUCCCGUUCAAUUAUUUGCCAACGUAACUUCGUACCUCACGAGUCGUCAUGCAAAUCGCGAACGGACGAUUUUUAUCGAGCGUAUAUGUAAUUAUCCGUUUAAUUGGAGUAACAUCCCGUAGAGUUGCGCGAUGUGAAAUUCGGAGUAAAUAUAAAUUUGGAUUGUUCAAUGGAAAAAUAUAGAAUUGCAGCAUUUGUCGGUCUAGUCCACCCUCCUCUGCCUCUACACUUACGCAUACAUACACACACACACACACGCACGUCGUCGUUCCUUCUGGUAAUUUUUACUGAAAACCAACACAUACUGUGGUAUCGCGUGGCAUUUUAUUAGCGAACGCGUUGCAGAAGUGUGAUAGCGCUUCGUUCGACGGAAAGAAAACUUACUUCCGUUGUUCUGUUCGCUUCGUGAAUAAAUGAUUGAGAGAAAAAAUUAAACAUGCAAUUAUUUGUAUUAGUUACUAUGACAUUCGUUUGUCGAAAACGCGGUGCUUGUCUCGUGCCGUCGUGCGUUAUUAUCUUUAAUAUAUCUCAUCUGUUAUAUUGUAAUUACGAAAGAACAAAUAAAAGACAUAGUGGAGUAGUGUCUUUAAUCCCGUCGUGUCGUGCCCGACCUUUCGUGUAAAAUUUCUGUAAAGUUAACAAAUAAAAGACACAACGACAGCCUUAUA